AUGCUGGGACUUGCUUGCUUUUGAUGAUUUUUCUAUUCUUAAUGUGCUCUACUACCGACGUUUCUACUGGUUUUGCUUGCGCAGUCGCCGCCUCUGCUGCAGUGACUGCCACUUAUGUUAGCAAAUUAUUGUUGUUGUUGCCAUUCAUUGAUUUUUCAACGUACUUUGCCGUGUGAAGGCACACUUUAGCAACACGCUACGCAUUAAAAACAAUUGAAUAUUUAAAAAUAUUAUGAAUGCAAAAUGUUAACUUGAUGUUGAAAACGGCAAAGGGAAAAAUCCAAUUGGAGAAAUGCAAUGGAAGAAUUGAGUUGUUAAAAAUCCCCUGUUAUUCCAAUGACAUGAACUGUGCCUUUGCUAAUAUGCAGCACCUUGUGUGAUAUGUCUUUGACCGGCUGUCCUUAUAAUCACUUAAUUUGUGCGCAUCAUGAAAUGCUUUGAAUGAAAAAUUACAAAUUUAGUGUUUAAAAUAUUGUGCUAAUAUAAAGUAAAACCUAAACUAACCUAAAAAUUUCGAAACGUGUUUGAAAACGCAGCAAUAAAUAUUUAAAUCAUACAUAUAUUAAAGAAUCUUGUAUAUAUAUCUUUAAAAUAUUUUAAACUCUUUACAUAAACAUACAUACCUACUUAAAUUAAAGGUACUUACCGUUAUUCCCUCCCAUUACAUAAGCAACCAACUAGUAAAUAGCUUGCUGCUUGAAACAAAUUCAAUGUGCUUGUGUCUAAAAAUUCAAGUAUUAAAUAAAAUUACUAAAUCUUAAUAUAAUAAAUAUAAAUAAAAGUUUAAAAUUGCAAAAAUAUAUACGAAUCGAUAUAUCUUUGCACAACAACCUGCAUAAUUAAUACUAAAUACCAACUUUAUGUAAUAGUAAACGCAAUUAAUUAAUGGCAACAUUUAAAUGUGUUAUUAGUGUUUGCAAAUAAAUUAGUCCAACAUAAGCGUUCUAAAAACGCUCUCUCUCCACUUAAUAACAAAUUACUUAAUGAAUCAAUCAACGGGUAAUUAACUAACGCUGACAGCUUAAGCGUGUUACAUACAUACAUACAUAUUACAUAACUUGUGUAAGGCUCGGUCAAAAAAAAAAAAAUCACGAAAAAACACCUCAAACCUAUUUUCGUCUAAAGUGUCUAUCAAAAUCAAAGCUCUGUUGUACGUCCUUGCAUCCAUCCAUCCAGCUAUCAAUACCCCUUGCAUUUCAAAUGUAUUUACGUAAUAAUACCUAUGUAACAUAUGUUGUGCAUUAUGUGUGCCCCAAAUAAAAUCAAAUUGAAAAGUGUAACCUAAUUCCAAUUUCAUUAUUUAGUGUGUCACAAAAAAUAAAAUAGCAAAAAUUAAAAAUUUGAAAUCAAUAAAAAUCAUAUAAUUCAAAUAUUCGACAUAUUUGGAUUUGUGCAUUAUCCGUAAUUGUGUGUUUAAAAUACUAAAACAAAAAUUGUGCGUGUGUGUGUCGUGUAAACAAAAUCAAACUGUUCUAAAUACUAAAUAAAUAAUAAAACUUGCAAAAUGGCGGACAUAAUACGUCCGCCGUUUAGUGAUAUUAAGCGGCCAGACGAGAUCGUCAGGAUGACCACCGCCGACAAUUUGAAGUUCGCCGUACUCAUCGGCCUGAUCGAGGUUGGUCAGGUGACCAAUCGGGAGGUCGUCAACACUGUUUUACAUUUGCUCGUCGGUGGCGAAUUUGAUAUGGAAUUAAAUUUUGUGAUACAAGAUGCACAAAAUAUUAAACACAUGCUAGAACUGCUGGAUCAUUGUCCGCCAAAUCUACAGGCCGAGAUCUGGAGUGUGUUCAUUGCUAUUCUACGCAAGAGUGUGCGCAAUUUGCAGGCAUGCACAGACGUCGGUCUAAUCGAGCACGUAUUGGUGCGACUACAGCGCUCCGAAACGGUUGUGGCAGAUCUGCUCAUCGAAAUGCUGGGCGUAUUGGCCAGCUACAGCAUCACAGUGAAAGAGCUCAAACUACUCUUCGGCACGAUGAAAGCGGUGAAUGCCAAAUGGCCACGUCACUCCGCCAAAUUGUUGAACGUGUUGCGUCAAAUGCCACAUCGCAAUGGACCCGAUGUGUUUUUCAGUUUUCCAGGUCGCAAAGGAUCGGCCAUGGUACUGCCACCGCUGGCGAAAUGGCCAUACGAAAAUGGCUUUACAUUUACGACGUGGUUUCGUUUGGAUCCUAUUAAUUCGGUGAAUAUCGAGCGCGAGAAGCCCUACCUCUAUUGUUUUAAAACAUCGAAAGGCGUCGGCUAUACAGCACAUUUUGUUGGCAAUUGUCUGGUGCUUACAUCGAUGAAAGUCAAAGGCAAAGGUUUCCAGCAUUGUGUGAAGUAUGAAUUUCAACCGAGAAAGUGGUACAUGAUUGCCAUAGUGUACAUAUAUAAUCGUUGGACGAAAAGCGAAAUAAAGUGCCUCGUUAAUGGACAAUUGGCGUCCAGUACCGAAAUGGCGUGGUUCGUUUCCACAAACGAUCCAUUUGACAAGUGUUACAUCGGCGCAACGCCCGAACUGGAUGAGGAGCGUGUCUUUUGCGGGCAAAUGUCGGCGAUUUAUCUAUUCAGCGAAGCGCUGACAACGCAGCAGAUUUGCGCGAUGCAUCGUUUGGGGCCCGGUUAUAAGUCACAAUUCCGCUUCGACAACGAGUGCUAUCUGAACCUGCCGGACAAUCACAAACGGGUGAGUCAGAACAACAACAACAACAACAGCAACAACACUAUAUCGACGACGGUGCUGCUCGCUGAACAAGAGGCGCAAGCCAUCGACUGGGCCGAUGAGAAGCUCGAUUUGAGUGCGGCCUUUGCGAAAGUACGUGCUGUGCUCUCAGCACGCAACGCCUCGGCCAAUGCGGUGCUCAAUGCGCUGGGCGGUGUCGUGGUCGUCGAUCAGACGUCCGGUGGCGCUGCGGCCACGGCCGGUACAGGCGCCGCACAGCCGACCGCGGCGACGAACGCCAACAGCGCUGGCGGAAAUAAUACAGCUGCGAAUGCAAACAACAAUCAAUUUGGCGGCGCUGCGGGCGCUAGUGACAACAACAAAAUCAUCACAGAUCCUUUGUGUCAUUUGCCAACCGGAAAUACAUCCUUUGAGCAAUUGCGUCGCAUUUCGUCGACUUCCGCCUCCGGUUUGGAGCUUUUGAGAGGAUACACCAGUCAGACCGAAGAAAUUACUCAGCUUAAAGCUGUACUCUACGAUGGCAAAUUGUCAAAUGCCAUCGUCUUCAUGUACAAUCCAGUGGCAACCGAUGGCCAGCUGUGUCUACAAUCCGCACCUAAAGGGAAUGUUUCAUACUUUGUACAUACACCGCAUGCACUUAUGUUACAGGACGUUAAGGCCGUCGUUACACACUCAAUACACUGUACAUUAAAUUCCAUUGGUGGCAUUCAAGUGUUGUUUCCGUUAUUCUCGCAACUGGAUAUGGCGCACGAGGGCAUAAGCGAUAUUAAACGCGAUCCGACGCUAUGUUCCAAACUUUUGGGUUUCAUUUGUGAAUUAGUCGAAACAUCACAAACCGUACAACAACAUAUGAUACAGAAUCGUGGAUUCCUAGUCAUCUCGUUUAUGUUGCAGCGUUCGUCGCGCGAACACUUGACGCUGGAAGUUUUGGGUUCAUUUCUGAAUUUAACCAAAUAUUUGGUGACAUGUCUGUCGGCGAAUAGUGAUUUAUUGCUGAAGCAGUUAAGCGUGGCCUUGCGAUUUCCAUAUAAAAAAUUCUAUCAGCUGUUCUGUUUCUCAUUUCUGACGUGGCAGCUGCUCGAUCAUGUGCUCUUCAAUCCAGCGCUGUGGAUCUACACGCCAGCCAAUGUGCAGGCGCGCCUGUACUCCUACUUGGCAACGGAAUUCCUCAGCGAUACGCAAAUCUACAGCAAUGUGCGACGUGUUAGCACCGUACUGCAGACAGUGCACACACUGAAAUACUACUAUUGGGUUGUGAAUCCGCGUACGAAGAGUGGCAUCAUACCAAAGGGAUUGGAUGGUCCACGUCCAGCACAAAAGGAUAUACUAGCGAUACGCGCUUACAUUUUAUUGUUUUUGAAACAAUUGAUUAUGAUCGGCAAUGGCGUCAAAGAGGAUGAAUUGCAAAGCAUUUUGAACUAUUUGACGACCAUGCAUGAGGAUGAGAAUCUUCAUGACGUUCUGCAAAUGUUAAUUUCGCUCAUGUCCGAGCAUCCCAGCUCCAUGGUACCUGCUUUCGAUGUGAAACAUGGCGUUCGUAGCAUUUUCAAAUUAUUGGCUGCUGAAAGUCAAUUGAUACGCUUACAAGCAUUGAAAUUGCUUGGAUUCUUUUUAUCACGCAGCACACACAAACGAAAAUAUGACGUUAUGUCGCCGCACAACUUAUACACACUAUUAGCGGAACGUUUAUUACUCUACGAGGAGUCGCUUUCCCUGCCAACGUAUAAUGUCCUCUACGAAAUUAUGACCGAACAUAUAUCACAACAAAUUCUAUAUACCAGACAUCCAGAGCCGGAGAGUCACUAUCGUUUGGAGAAUCCAAUGAUCCUUAAGGUCGUCGCUACGCUCAUACGUCAAUCCAAACAAACCGAAUCGCUGAUCGAGGUGAAGAAGCUCUUCCUUUCUGACAUGACACUGCUGUGCAAUAGCAAUCGCGAAAACCGACGCACCGUACUUCAGAUGUCCGUGUGGCAAGAAUGGCUCAUAGCUAUGGCCUACAUACAUCCGAAGAAUACCGAAGAGCAGAAAAUCUCCGAUAUGGUAUACUCGCUCUUCCGUAUGUUGUUGCAUCAUGCGAUCAAGCAUGAGUACGGCGGUUGGCGUGUGUGGGUCGACACACUGGCCAUAGUGCACUCGAAGGUCUCAUACGAAGAAUUUAAAUUGCAGUUCGCGCAAAUGUACGAACACUAUGAACGACAACGCACAGACAACAUAACCGAUCCCGCAUUGCGACAAGCGCGUCCCAUCAGUACGAUCAGUGGUUGGGAGCGUGAAGAGCAACAGCAGCAGCAACAUCAUCAGCACCACCAACACCAACAGCAACAGCAGCUGGAGCAUACGCAUAUGCAUCAUCGGCAGCAACGACACGAGGCGUUGCCAGCAGCUACAAUACAAGAGCUGCCAGUUAAAGAUGAAGAAUCGGUAGGUUCACUCGAAGAUGUGCCACCCGUAGAGGAGGAAGUAGAAGAGAGCGAAGAAGUUGAGUCCACCACACAAGAGUUGAAUACAACUGCCGAUAUCAAUGAGCCCGCGAACUGUGUCUGCACGUCGGACGAAAAAGCGGCCGACGAAGAAUUGACGAAGAAGACGGUGUCAAGCGAAGACUUGACCAAAUCGAAAAUUUCCAACAUAUCCGAUGUUUACAAUGAACACAUUAAAUCGGAAGUGAUAGUCACCAGCAUCGUUGAGUCACCGGCCGUUGCAGUGACUUGCAAUGGCAGCGCCUCCUGCUCUUCGACGGGCGCAAGCGCAAGUAGCACACCCGCGAAGUCAACCACAAGCGGCGGUCAAGAAGCAUUGUCACAAACACUUAACCUCAAGGCAGAGGAUCUCGAAGAAAUCGAGUUGGCCACCGCCAAGUUGGCGGCCGGUGCCACUGCCGAUGAAGAACUCGUACAACAAGUGCUACAAAACUCUGAAAAGGCGCUACAAAACUGCAAAAUAGUAGCCGAUGAAAUGCAAGAAGCAUCAUCCGUUUUAAAGGAUGAAGAAAUUGAGUUAGCAGUCAAUGAGGUAGUGCAAGGCGUGCUCAAGAAUGAGAAGAAGCAUGCGGCGAAAGAACCGUCCACAGAGCAAACUGCAACCGAUGAGGACAAUGUGUCUUUGUUGAACACAAAGAACUUGCUGAACAACAAUGCUGACGAGCUCAAAACUACAACAAACAGCAACAAUAACAAUACGGCCGAUAUCAAUGAAACAAAUGCGAACAGUGAGAUCAACGAAAAUGCAAACAAUGCCGUCACGGAUUUACUCACUCAAGCGUCUGACGUUAUUGAGACGCAACAAAAGACUGAAGACAACAAAACCGAUGAAAAUGCCAUAAAUAACAACAACACAAAUACUGCCGAGCCCAGCAACGACGAGCACAAAACCUCGAAGUUGGCAAUCGUUGUUGCCAAAGAGCAUGAACACGAACUAAUGGAUGUAAGUUCAUCGCUUUCGACCACAGUGGAGACUACCGAGGAGAUCUCAUCACUUAGUCCCGAAACAACGGUGUCCAGCGCGUCCAUGACCGAAGAAAAUUUGCUCGGAUUAACCGAGCCGUCUGCGGUAGACAAUGAAAACAUCAUUGUUGAGACAAUGGUGAAGGACAUAGUCGAUAAAUUGAUAGACAAAGUGGUCGAUGCGAGUGUUGCCGAAGAUGAGGCGCGCAAAGAAACCAACAACAAUGAAAUUGUAGAAGAAGCGAAGAAUGAUGUCAGUGAAGCAGCUGUCUCUGAGGCUGCCAAGGAAAUCGUGGAAGAUGUUCUCACAACCGCCUUAGACAAAGCUGAUACAGUGAUAACAGCGGCACAGGUAGACACACAUACUGAAGAAGCUUGUGAAGCACAAGUGAGCGCUACAAAGGAAAAUAUCACAGACAUUGUGCAAACAGUGGUGAAUGAUUUGUUGGAGCAAACAGUAAAUGCAGUAGAGGAAACGGUUGAGCACACAGUGGCAACUUUAGCGUCCACCGUUGAGCUAAAAGCGGAAACGACAGACCCACUUGCAUUACCGGCAGCAGUGGAAGUGACAGCGGAGCAACCAAUAGCAGCCAUAACACAUGCAGUGGUGAAAGAAGUCGACUCCACCACACAAACCACGCCAAAGAACGAGCCCAAUGACGUUACUGUUGAACAUUUGGAUGUCGAAACAGUGGAAGAGCAGGCCGAGGAGAUCGAAGAGGAGACACACGCCACACAAGAAGAACUGCAGGACGAUAUGGCGCAAGUGGAUGAACGGCAAACAAAACACACGACUGCCAGCACACAAGUAGAGAAUAAUCAUUUCGACAACAAACAUCCACACCAGCAACAGCAAGCGCAGCAGCAACAACGUACAAAAGCUGGCUCCACACGUCCAAUGUUCAGUCCCGGACCGACACGUCCACCCUUUCGCAUACCGGAAUUCAAAUGGUCAUACAUACAUCAGCGCCUGCUCUCCGAUGUGCUCUUCUCCCUCGAGACGGACAUACAAGUGUGGCGCAGCCACUCGACUAAAAGUGUUUUGGAUUUUGUAAAUUCAAGCGAGAAUGCUAUAUUCGUGGUGAAUACGGUGCAUUUGAUAUCGCAGUUAGCGGACAAUUUGAUCAUCGCUUGUGGCGGUCUGCUGCCACUACUGGCAAGUGCCACAUCGCCUAAUUCCGAAUUGGAUGUGCUGGAGCCCACACAGGGCAUGCCGCUUGAGGUGGCCGUCUCCUUUCUGCAGCGUCUCGUCAACAUGGCGGACGUGCUAAUCUUCGCCACCUCGUUGAACUUCGGUGAACUGGAGGCGGAGAAGAACAUGUCCAGCGGCGGCAUAUUGCGUCAAUGUUUGCGUCUGGUGUGCACAUGUGCCGUGCGCAAUUGCCUGGAGUGUAAGGAGCGUACGCGCUACAAUAUGGGCGCUAUGGCGCGCGAUGUACCCGGCGCAGCACACCUGCAGGCGCUCAUACGUGGCGCACAAGCGUCGCCCAAGAAUAUUGUUGAGUCAAUAACAGGUCAAUUAUCCCCAGUCAAGGAUCCUGAGAAGCUGCUGCAGGAUAUGGAUGUUAAUCGCUUGCGUGCCGUUAUCUAUCGUGAUGUGGAGGAAACGAAGCAAGCGCAGUUCCUCUCGCUCGCCAUCGUCUAUUUCAUUUCCGUGCUAAUGGUGUCCAAGUAUCGUGAUAUACUCGAGCCGCCUGCGGAACCGCAAAUACAACGGCAAUCGCCCGUGAUGCAACGCACUGCAGCCGAACCCUCAGGUCGUCCGCUCUUUCCCCAGUGGUCGCACCAUGUCUAUCCACAAUUCCUGCCGAACAAUUCUCAUCAAAAUCAUAUGCCCACGGCUACAUCGACGACAUCGAAUAAUAUGCAACAGCAGCAGCAACAACAAGCACAAACAUCGCAUCAACAUUACUAUCAGCAGCAACAAAUGACAUCACCGCCACACCAACCGCAACAACAGCAACAUCUUGCGCAGCAGCACAAUUACAGCCAUCAUUAUACCGCAUUGCAACAGCAACAACAACACCAACACACAGCUUACUACAGCGAACAGCAGCAGCAGCAGCAACAGCAACAACAGCUGCACAAUCACGCAAUGAGCGGCGGCAGCAGUAACAGCAGCAGCAAUUACGCUGGCAAUAUAUCACCGCCGUUGGCCACACAGUCAACAAGUUCCUCGGCCUCAUCGUCGGCCACCUCACAGCCGGCCUCCUCGUCGUCGUUGUCGAGCUUGGCCUCACAGCCUGGUGCGGCGGCGGUAACGCGUCAUCACCAGCAACAACAACAACAACAACAUCAGCAUGCCGCACAUCACACACACACUGUCGCACACCAGCACCAGCGGCAUGCACCGAAACACCACUACCACCACCAGCAGCAACAGCAACAACAACAGCAGCAACAACAACAAAUGCCACAGCAACAAUUUCAGCAACAUUACGGUAUGAUGAAUGGCAUUGGUAAUCAAAUGGUAAACGGUGUUAGUGGUGGUGCCGUUGGCGUUGGUGGUAGCAAGACAGCGCAACAAAAUGCCACAAUGCCGGCCAACAGCCAUCAGCAGCAGCAUUACGUUGGCAAUGCUGGCGAUAUGAACGGCAGUGCCUACCACCAAUAUAUGCGUCCAAGUGGCGCCAUGAUGAAUGGCGGUGGCGUCGGUGGUGGCAGUGGUGUGCCGCAUCCGAACGGCAUCACCGUCGAUUAUCACACACAUGCACAUGCCACCGGUGUUGGUGGGCCAGUGAAUGGUGCCGCCAAUAAUAAUAGUAGUCUUCUACUAAGCAAUAACAACAAUUGCAACAACAACGGCAUGCGCGGCAAUGCAUUGCGCGAUGCGAGCACAGGCAGCGGUGGCCAUAUGUUGGGCGGCGCUGGUGUUGGUAUUGGUGUUAGUGUUGGCGUUGGUGGUGUGGGUAUUUCAACUAGCGCGGGCAGCGGCGUUGUUAGCGGCGCUGCAACAUUGCCAUACAAGAAUAAUGGUUUGAAUAACAAUUACCGUUACAAUGGACGCGCCAAUAUGGGAACAGGCGCUCGCACAAUACAAGAUGGCGACUAUGAGAUAAUUGUCGUGGAUGAGAAUAAUCCAUCGGUCUUGGCGGACAAUGACUCACAUUCUAGUGGACCGCCUUCGAUUAAGAGUAAUAAGGCUACCACUACCAAUAAUACUACUACUAUAACAACAACAACACCAAAUAUGACCAACACUAAAACGGAACAGAGGGUAAAAGCAAACACUGUGACAAAUCUAGCAACAACUAUAACAACAACACUAGGUUUAACGUCGCCCAAUGCCAAAGUGUUGAAACAUACAAGCAAAUUGCAACAACAACCAUUGUCACCACCGAAACCAGUGUUGCCUAAAAAAUUGCCAAAGAGUGUCGACUCGGAUGUCGGUUCGUUGAACAUGAAUUCAACGGAGAACGAAGUUCCUGAAGUGGAAUCGUCGAGUGAAAUUCUGGCCGAUGACAACAAACCGACCAACUCGAACGACGAAAGCUGGACAGAUGUCAAUUUGAAUGAGGAUGCCGGUGUACAGGCCACCGCAAGUGGUUUAUUGUCGGGCGGUAUGUCGGCAGUGGAUGGGAAAAUGCGUGACAUCGACGGCCUGCAACAUCAUGCACACCAACAACAACAGCAGCAGCAGCAACAGCAGCAACAACAGCAGUCAACAACGACAGGACAUGGCCAACCGCAGGGUGCUCAACAAAUGCAAGUGCACCACGCACAUCAGUUGGUGGGUGCCGGCGGCGAACGCGGCGACAAACCCGAUUCGGAAAUAUCGGUGGUGCGCGUACCGGACGGUUAUGCAACAGCAUCUGGUGCGUCAGGCGCGGGCGUUGGCACGGCUGCCGGCAAUGUGGGUCAGCGUGGCACACGCUCGGAUGAGCUACAAAUGAAACCACCACUCGUUGGCCAGCUGCCGAUGACAACGCCCUCGCGUGAGGCGAGCCUUACGCAGAAGCUGGAAGUAGCGCUGGGCCCGGUGUGUCCACUGUUACGUGAAAUAAUGGUCGACUUUGCGCCGUUCCUGUCGAAAACGCUUGUCGGCUCGCACGGUCAAGAGCUAUUGAUGGAGGGUAAAGGUCUAACGACAUUCAAGAAUUCACACUCCGUGGUCGAGUUAGUGAUGUUGCUGUGUUCGCAAGAGUGGCAGAACAGUCUGCAGAAGCAUGCCGGUCUGGCGUUUAUUGAAUUGAUUAAUGAGGGUCGCCUGUUGUCGCAUGCCAUGAAGGAUCACAUUGUGCGCGUCGCUAAUGAAGCUGAAUUCAUAUUGAAUCGUAUGCGUGCCGAUGAUGUGCUCAAGCAUGCCGAUUUCGAGUCACAAUGCGCACAAACGCUGUUGGAGCGGCGCGAGGAGGAGCGCAUGUGUGACCAUCUCAUCACCGCGGCGCGGCGACGUGACAACGUGAUUGCUAGUCGCCUAUUAGAAAAGGUCCGUAAUAUUAUGUGCAAUAGGCAUGGUGCUUGGGGCGAUGCCAGCGGUACUGUGCAGAAGCAAACAUUUUGGAAACUGGAUGCCUGGGAGGAUGAUGCGCGCCGUCGCAAACGUAUGGUACAAAAUCCACGCGGCUCGUCACAUCCACAGGCCACGCUGAAGGCGGCCAUUGAAAAUGGUGCACCUGAAGAUGCCAUCUUGCAGACACGUGAUGAAUUCCAUACACAGAUUGCUGUGUCGCGCGGUCAUCAGUCAUCCCAGCAUACAGCCGACCUGUUGGAUGACGCCGAGCUGUUGAUAGAGGACCGUGAAUUGGAUUUGGAUUUGACAGGGCCGGUCAAUAUAAGCACUAAAGCGAAACUAAUUGCACCCGGUGUUGUGGCACCCGGUACUGUGUCUAUCACUAGCACUGAAAUGUUCUUCGAAGUGGACGAAGAUCAUCCAGAGUUUCAGAAGAUCGAUCCCGAAGUGCUGAAAUACUGCGAUCACCUGCAUGGCAAAUGGUACUUCUCAGAAGUGCGCGCGAUCUUCUCGCGUCGUUACUUGUUGCAAAAUGUGGCACUGGAGAUUUUCCUAGCUAGUCGCACCUCCAUACUUUUCGCUUUCCCCGAUCAACAUACUGUGAAGAAGGUCAUCAAAGCUUUGCCGCGUGUUGGCGUCGGCAUCAAAUAUGGCAUUCCACAAACACGACGCGCUUCGAUGAUGUCGCCCCGUCAGCUGAUGCGCAACUCUAAUAUGACACAGAAGUGGCAACGACGCGAAAUCUCGAAUUUCGAGUACUUAAUGUUCCUCAAUACAAUAGCAGGACGCACUUACAAUGACCUCAAUCAGUACCCAGUCUUUCCAUGGGUGCUUACCAAUUAUGACACAAAAGAACUAGACCUCAGUCUGCCUUCGAACUAUCGCGAUCUCUCGAAACCGAUAGGUGCAUUGAAUCCCUCACGACGCGCCUAUUUCGAAGAGCGCUACGAGAGCUGGGAAAGUGACACGAUACCACCAUUCCACUAUGGCACCCAUUAUUCUACAUCGAGUUUCACACUAAAUUGGUUGGUACGUGUUGAGCCCUUCACCACCAUGUUUUUAGCGCUGCAAGGCGGAAAAUUCGACUAUCCCGACCGCUUGUUCUCCUCCAUAUCGCUUUCAUGGAAAAACUGCCAACGUGACACAUCCGACGUUAAAGAACUCAUACCCGAAUGGUAUUUUCUGCCAGAAAUGUUCUACAACUCGUCCAGUUAUCGUCUGGGCCAUCGCGAAGAUGGCACACUCGUCAACGAUGUUGAGCUGCCGCCAUGGUCUAAGAGCCCCGAAGAAUUCGUGCGCAUCAACCGCAUGGCUUUGGAGUCGGAGUUCGUCUCAUGCCAACUACAUCAAUGGAUCGAUCUGAUUUUUGGCUACAAACAACGUGGUCCAGAAGCUAUACGCGCCACUAAUGUCUUUUACUACUUAACUUACGAGGGUAGUGUAGAUUUGGAUGCUAUUAGCGAUCCUGUUAUGCGUGAGGCUGUGGAGAAUCAAAUCCGUAAUUUCGGCCAGACACCCAGCCAACUACUGAUGGAACCACAUCCACCGCGCAGUUCGGCAAUGCAUUUGUCGCCGAUGAUGUUCAGCGCCAUGCCCGAUGAUCUCUGUAUGUCGCUUAAAUUCUAUCAGAACUCACCAAUUAUACACAUCUCUGCCAAUACCUAUCCGCAAUUGUCGCUGCCAUCGGUAGUGACCGUGACUGCGGGCCAUCAGUUCGCCGUGAAUCGCUGGAAUUGCAACUAUACCGCAUCCGUCCAGAGCCCCAGCUAUGCUGAGUCGCCACAAUCGCCCGGCUCAAACCUGCCCCUGACCAUCGAUCCUGUCUUGUCUGCACAAAAUACAGGUCACAAUAACCCCAUGAAUCGUCGGCAUCUGGGCGACAACUUCAGUCAAAUGCUGAAGAUCCGUUCCAACUGUUUUGUCACAACUGUGGACAGCCGUUUCCUCAUUGCUUGCGGCUUCUGGGACAACAGUUUCCGUGUAUUCGCCACCGAAACUGCUAAGAUUGUGCAAAUUGUGUUCGGCCAUUUCGGUGUGGUCACCUGUUUGGCACGCUCAGAGUGCAAUAUAACAUCGGACUGUUACAUCGCAUCGGGUUCAGCAGACUGUACAGUUCUGCUGUGGCAUUGGAAUGCGCGUACGCAGAGUAUUGUCGGUGAGGGUGAUGUACCAACGCCGCGUGCCACUCUAACGGGACAUGAACAAGCAGUAACUUCGGUUGUGAUUAGCGCUGAGCUAGGUUUAGUGGUCUCGGGGUCGACAAACGGUCCUGUUCUGAUACAUACCACCUUUGGUGAUCUCUUGCGUUCGCUUGAUCCGCCUGUGGACUUCUAUUCGCCCGAAUUGAUCGCCAUGUCUCGCGAGGGUUUCAUUGUUGUCAAUUAUGAUAAGGGUAAUGUGGCCGCCUACACUAUCAAUGGCAAAAAGUUGCGCCACGAAACGCACAAUGACAACUUGCAGUGCAUGUUGCUCUCACGUGAUGGUGAAUAUCUGAUGACUGCCGGUGAUCGCGGCAUCGUGGAGGUCUGGCGAACCUUCAACUUGGCACCGUUAUAUGCCUUCCCGGCUUGCAAUGCUGCAAUACGUUCGUUGGCGCUGACGCACGAUCAAAAAUACCUCCUUGCUGGUCUCUCUACCGGCUCGAUUAUUGUCUUUCACAUAGACUUCAAUCGUUGGCACCACGAGUACCAACAACGGUACUAAGCGCCAGAGAAAGGUAAAAGUACAGUUAAACCCGGCUAUAACGUACAUAAAAAUACAACACUGACAUAAGAAAAAGCAGCGGAGUUUUAAGACGUCGCUGCUGCUAUAGACAACAUGAUGAAGUUACGACAACAACAACAAUUGUGGAUAAAAUAAGGCCAAAUUGCAAAUAAGCAGGACUUAAAAUGUUAAACAAUUAGUUAAAGCAAAAUAAAAAUUAAAAAUUAAUACAAAAAUUGUAGUGACAAAAUGCAAGUAAAAGAAUAAAAAAUAAAUUUAACAAAUGUAGCAAUUGCUUUGAGUUUUCAAGCGUGCUGUCGUGUAGACGGCUACUUUCGGUUCUUAGUAGAUUUUUCAUAGGCUAGGAGAAAAUUAUGAGUUUUCGUUGUGCAAAUUUUUUACAUAGGAUUACACAGCCGAUAAAUACAUACAUACAUAUAUAGCGUAAUAACGGGUUAGACCAAUACAUUGCUACGAAUAGUUUAAAGGAAAAUUGAAAAAAUAAAAAAAUUAAAUUAAAUUAAAAUUAAAAUUAAAGUUGCGCUGAAAUUUCUUAACUUAACUUAGUACUUAAUAGGGUUAAAGUGGAUUUUUUUAAAUUAAAGUCGAUAAAUAAAAUAAAAAAAAAAAUAAGAAAACAAAAAUCAAGAGAAAAAGUUAAAUAGUUUUAGUGACACAGAAAAUAUAGAAAUAGCAGUUCUUUCGUAAAAACCAAACAAAGACGUAACCAAGCGGCCAAACAGAAAGUGAAACGUACUUAACUUAGUAAUUUUUUCUUAAAGCAAAAGCAUUGUACUUAACCAACACAGACGAAGGUAUUUCCAAAACUUAACAGUGCGACUAGCAAAGUUGAACACAAAAAGCAAACAUAGAAUAGCAGCAUCGCAUAGAAGCAUUACGAAGCAUUAGUAGCGCGUUACAAAAAUUGAAAAAAAUUAAUAAAAAAUA